AUGUCGUGGGAAUCCGGAAACGUUGCUAUGAGUGACGUUCGUAACGCCGUCGCGAAGCUGAAGCUGUACAACAUCGGUGAGCACCACAUUGUCGAGUCCACAGCGGGCCCUCUCACCACCCUCGACCUGCCCUUGCUAGACUUGCCGAACAGCGGGUUCAUCAAAUGCUUCCUCGAUGUGAUCAUGGAUGUGCCGAGCUUUCCCUCAACCGAGAUCAAGCAGAUUAUGCAGAGUCAGUCCUUCAUGAGGUUACCAAAACCUUAUGGUUUAGCGAAAGACUUGGACGUUCUUUUUCGCAUCGACUUGGCCGUAAUCCCACAAGACAGCGGAAAGUUCACAGUUAUCAAGAUCAUCAACUUGAAGGACAAGAAGAACACCGUCGAGCAAGUUCGGGAACUGUGUCAUCGUAGGCCUUAUGCCGUCGAUUGGUCCGGAAAUGUAAUCACCGUCAAGAAGAGCUUGCACUUCCUCUUUGAACUACUAGGUGGUUUUCAGUGUCGGCAUCACGUCCUUCGUACAGAAGAAGAGGGAAAACCUGAGCAGGAACGCUCCUUGGAAGAGUGGGACUUUGGGCUCGAUUUCAUUGAGCAGCAAGGUCCUCGAGAAAAUGUCCGCAAUCGUCUUCUUCGGUGGGUCACAGUGCAGACAACAACCCGGGACUCCCCCAUCUACCGCUGGCCCCAGGCACUGGUGGAGAAGAGUCUUCGUAAUCUCAGCCAAGACGGCGUCCUUGCACAGGUACAUGAAAUGUGGCCUCUGACGUUGUACGACUUAGACACUCGGCUCCUCAAAGCAUUGGGAACUAUUUUUUCAUCUUUGACAGAGAAGGCACUCGGACUUCACGGCACACCCGGAGCGGGCAAGACACCAGUCGCGAGAACCGUUGCUAUGGGACUCUCUCGGUUUUGGAUCACGAAAUUGGGUAAGACGGACGAAAUCACGCGGAUCUACUGCUCAAACGACUUCGACGUGAAAACGGAGCCACCCUUGGACCAACCUCUUUUGGACAUCGAAAAGGGCAUCGCUACCUAUGUGUCGCACUCUGCGUUUAUGAAAAUGCUGGAGAAUGCGUGGUGCUCCAAGGACUGUAACGACGCCAACAUCAUGGCUGUUCUGAAGCGCACGCAUAUCUUUGUCAACACAUCCAAAUGCCUCCACAUCCGACCUGCCAGUGAAACCGAAGGCCCUGUGCUCAGGAUUCCCCUAGGCGACAAGAUUGACUUCCUUCAUGUGGAUUCCCGCGAAGUCUAUGAUUACCAUCGUAAGGGUGGGAAAGACUUGCCUCAGGACUUUGAUAUGAAGGUGAACUGGGAGAGAGACUGGGUUACAAAAGCUAUGACAGGCGACGUGAACUUGCCCACACGUGCCACAAUCAUCCGCCGUGGAGGUCUUUUCCAAAGUGCUCCUUCCACGUCUACUGACUCUACCGUCGAGCAAAACCAUCGUCGUGUCAAGGACCUCUUGCACCAAAGCUUCGACGCUGACAUCCACACCGCCGCCGCCGUCAGUAACGUCAAAGAGGAAGUGCCCAACAAGCGAGAGCUGGAGACUUCUGCCCGCGAUAGGUUCGCUAGUAAAACGCGUCGUCUCGCGGCCGACUACGUUGGCAAAGCUAUCCUCGUGGAUGACUCCCCCAAGGCAGCCAAGGAGCCGGCAAUCAAACAAGAACUCGUUUCGGCCUUCUCUCGCUCUUUGUCUUCCAGCAAUAUCGCCAUCAAUCUGGUGGACUCUCCCGAAAAACGCCCUCCAACGCUUGCGGCUUCCUCAGAUGUGAAGCCAAGUCAAGAUGAUAAUUUGGAAAGGGAGCUUGAAACGUUGAUGGAGGCAGAGUUUGCAAACGAGGAAGCCAAAAACAAUGAUGCUCGUGCUGCGGAGGCUGAGGAUUUCAUGGACUGCUGCACAGACGACGAGAACUUCAUCGACACGCACAUGGCAGACGACAAAACCAUCAUCAAGCUGCUCAUUGCGGACAAGCUCCUCAAUGUCCCACAAUCUGUCAUUCACCUCGCCAUGGGUACGAACCACAAGGCGGUGGAGGACUUGGACAAACGACUUUGCAAGCUUCGGAAAGACUUCGUUGAGAAGGAGGAAAAGAACAUCGUUUUUGGCAACCAGAAAACGUGGGUGGACGUUGAGGCAGACGAGGCAACGUUCGACAAGAGAGACAUCUCUCAAGAUGCUGCUUUGAAACAUUUGGUCACCAAAAAGAACGAGUCCAUCAUGUGGGAGCAGUGGGGUGGUGCCAUUCAACGCCCAGGUGCCAUCCGUAAGACAGAAUGGAACACCAUUGCGAACGAACUCCUCCUGGACCGCAAAGUGUAUUUGGAGGAUGGCCUGCCGCUGGACUUUCUCUUCCGCUGCAACCACUGCAUUGCGUUGAUUGGGCAGGACAAUCCAGUUUACAUGGGCCACGACCGCAGCUACUGCAGCCCACAAUGCCGCCGCCGGGGCCGGUCGACUCUCUAUCGGAACCUCCGGUCCAUCCAGUUGGAUAGCAUUUGCGAAGCGCGGCGGCCGAUGUCGGAGAGCGGCACAAGUGGGCUGAGCACCGCUUGGUCCGACUCAUCGAUAACAUCGUCGCGGCCAAAGGCGGACAGGUCUGCUGGCCCGCUCGGCUGGAUGAUUAGUAAGGUCGUCAAUGUCAUCUCGAAUCGGCUUCCGGAAUCUCUAGCAGUUCUGCAGAAGUCGGCUCUGGUUCAGUCGGCUUCAUCCGCUCUGCUGCGGCGGCUGCGGCGGCAGUCGGAGCCCGGCGGCUCAUCGCUACAGCGCCUGCUGGGAUACCUUCCCGACGUGGCUUCGGUGGACAGCCUCAAAGAGCUCCCUGACGACGGCGAGUGGGAAAGUGAUCUCAGCUGGUGGAUUUCAAGGCAGUAA